AAGGCGCUUCCAGGAGACACUUUCUCAGCAGAGCCGCCUCGGACCGAGUGCUUGGUGCAGCCUGAGCUGCCAGCCCUCCCCAGCCCUGCCCAGCCCUCCCCCUGGCAUUGCAACAUCUCCCGCUUUCCAAAGAGACAGGAGCCCGAAGAGCAAACACCGGAAACCCCAGCCCCGGUCAAGGUCUGGGAGCCCAGCGGUGCUGAGGGAGCUGAUCCCAAGCCUCCCUUGAUGGUUGAGUGUGCUGGAGGGACAGGACGCAGGUUGGAAAUGCAGCCGGGCAUGCAGGSUCCUUAUUCCCUGGAGACGGGAUCCUUCCCUCACUUCUAUUCCCCCGUGCACRCCAGCUCCACGUCGGUGAGCCUGUCCUCAGGCCUUUCCACAGGGAAUCCCGUGGAGGGGCCCCACAGCUACCUCGAGGCCCCUGCCAACCCCACACGGGCACUGCCGUCCCCCAUGAACGCCAUCGGCUCCCCGGUGAACAGCCUGGGCUCACCCUACAGGGUCAUCGCCUCCUCGCUGGGCUCGCACCCCGUCGCUCUGUCCUCGGCCCCGGGCAUGAAUUUCGUGACGCACGCCAGUCCACAGCUCAAUGUCCUGAACAAUGUCAGCAGCUCGGAGGAUGUCAAGCCCCUGCCGGGUCUCCCGGGGAUCGGGAACAUGAAUUAUCCAUCUACAAGUCCGGGAUCCCUAGCCAAACACAUCUGUGCCAUCUGUGGGGACAGGUCCUCAGGGAAGCACUACGGGGUGUACAGCUGUGAGGGCUGCAAAGGCUUCUUCAAGAGGACGAUCCGCAAGGAUCUGAUCUACACGUGCCGGGACAACAAGGACUGCCUGAUCGACAAGCGCCAACGCAACCGCUGCCAGUACUGCCGCUAUCAGAAGUGCCUGGCCAUGGGAAUGAAGAGGGAAGGUACCACUGGGCUGGGGGAAGGAAUGGGCUUGGAGGGAUUUUCCUUCAUUCAGGAUCUUAGUGGCCCUCUGGUGCAUUCUGAAAAGCUGGACAUGGAUAGCUCCAGGGUGUUUUGGACCUCGUUAGGUAAAGGAAAUGAGAAUCGUAGUUUAGGCUGGAAAAGACUUUUAAGAUCAAGACCAACCACUAUGACAAAUGACCCUGUCACAAACAUCUGCCACGCAGCUGACAAGCAGCUCUUCACUCUCGUCGAGUGGGCCAAGCGCAUCCCYCACUUCUCUGACCUGACGCUGGAAGACCAAGUCAUUCUCCUCCGUGCAGGCUGGAACGAGCUGCUCAUUGCCUCUUUCUCCCAUCGCUCCGUGUCGGUCCAGGAUGGGAUCCUGCUGGCCACGGGGCUGCACGUGCACCGCAGCAGUGCCCACAGUGCCGGGGUGGGCUCCAUCUUUGACAGGGUUUUGACAGAGCUGGUGUCAAAAAUGAAGGACAUGCAGAUGGACAAGUCGGAGCUGGGGUGCCUGCGAGCCAUUGUCUUGUUUAACCCAGAUGCCAAGGGUUURUCCAGCCCCUCGGAAGUGGAAUCGCUGCGGGAGAAGGUCUAUGCCACGCUGGAAGCCUACACGAAGCAGAAGUACCCCGAGCAGCCAGGGCGGUUUGCCAAGCUCCUGCUGCGUCUGCCGGCGCUGCGGUCCAUCGGGCUGAAGUGCCUGGAGCACCUCUUCUUCUUCAAGCUCAUUGGAGACACCCCCAUCGACACCUUCCUCAUGGAGAUGCUGGAGACACCCCUGCAGGUCACUUGAGGGCCUGGCCCCUCUCUGGCCAGCCCCUGACCCCCGUGCCCCUGCACAGCCUCCUGCCCCUCUGCUCUGAGCSUGUGAGAGCUCCAGAGAUGUCCUCCGCCCUCCACCCCUCCUCGGUGGGAUUGUCGUGGUUUUGUACAGCUGUAAAUCACCCCCUCUAACCCUCCCUGGCCUGUCUGGGGGGGUCACAGAUCCUCUGCCCAGCUAACCAUCCCCCUGCCCCCCCUGUACAGAUAAUUGCUUUAAAUUAUUUUUUCAUUCUCAAUAAAAGUCAACAAAACAAAUAAAAUAAUAUGAGUGUGUUGCUGAUUGGAUCUGGCCAGAGCAGUGUCCCCUUUUGCUGCGGUCACAGGUCCAGCUUGGGAUGGGGCUGAGGGUCCCUCCUGA